CACAAUAAAGUUAAUAAGACUUAUAGCUAGCCGGCUAGCUAAAGCCUUCCUUGGUUCGUCCUGAGAUUCUGACAAUUGGGAUCCGCCAUUUUUGACCAAAUCCCACAGGAAAGCUGGCAUUCUCGGUGAGUUAAUGAUGCCGGAAAAUCCCCAAUCCCGCCACAGAAAAAUUGUGAAGACCCUCUACAAAGCCCUAGCACACAGAGACACCAGAACCACCGUAAUGCUAGUGGCUCCAGAUCUUGAGUGGUGGUUCCACGGACCGCCGCAGUGCCAGCACAUGAUGAAGAUGCUAACCGGGCAGUCGAGGCACUUGGAGUUCAAGUUCCAGCCCCGAAGCCUCAAGGCGGUCGGGGACCGUGUGGUGGCGGAGGGAUGGGAAGGUAAGAAGGCAUAUUGGGUGCAGGUGUGGACUGUUAACAAGGAUGGGAUGAUCACGCAGUUGCGCGAGUAUUUCAACACUUGGGUGACGCUGAUGGUUAGGGUUUCGGAGGCCGAGGACGAGAUGGUGAAGCUGUGGCAGAGUGAUUCAAAGGAGCGGUUCCGGCGCUCGUUGCCGGAUAUUGUGUUAGCUAUCUGAAAGUUUGAACAUGUAUUAUCUCUGAGUCACUGUGGUCAGAGUGUUCGUUCAUUCUGCUACGUACUAUUAAACUAAAUGUAGAGAUCGAUGGCCUGAUCUAUAUUACUACUGCUUCUCGAUCAUUUAAUUA